UUAUAGGGCUUUCCCUCACAGAACACUAUACAGUACUGUACACUAAAAACGUGAAGUCACCGGCGUGUCAGCUUAUCGGAACGAAUGGUCGACACAGCAAACCGGAAGUGUAUGAAGCGUGGAUUUUUUCGUAACUGUAACUACGUAUUCUGGAAGUUGACAUGAUCAUAGAAGUUAAAUUUGUUUCACAGGCAGAUGGCACUCUAGCGCAUAGAGCUUCAACAGUCUGUUUGUUUGCUAGCGCUAUAGCCAUGCAAUUAAGCCUAUUUAUGUAAUCUAUGGUCUCUUCUGGGACAUCCAUUUGUGAGCUUCUGAAGACGGUCAACCAACAUUUAUCGUUUUGUAUACAUCUAGAUAUAAGAAUUAAGGUUCAUUGUUCAUUAAUUAAUUAAAUUGCCAAACAACUAUACAUCUAUCUGCACACAAACAUGUCAAGCAGAAGCAGCUAGUUGGAACUCACAGAGAAUAGAGCGAGAGUUCUACAAGAUGUUGUUUAUGUUUGGAGUCGAACUUUUGUGUCUAUAGGGUGACGAGUGCCUAGAGGUUGAUGAUCGACCCAUGCAUGUGUGAAUCAGCGAAUGUAAAACAGGAACCUUGGUGGAUUUUAUGGUAUUCACUUUGACUGAGCCUGCAAGAUCAGUGAUUAGAUCAUGGCACUUGUAACCUCCUUCCUAUACAACACGGAAACGUUAGGCGGAGUGCUAUUGCUGUACAGAUGUUGAAGAGAGGUAUAUAUCUAUAAGCAAGAACAGGUAGGUGAUGACAGCAUGUGCAUAGUAUACAUGUGUGCUAUUCAGAACUGCAUGCUAUAGUCUGGUACAUUAAUUGUACCUGCAAAUAUUUUCUGAAUGAAUUGCGUACUUGUAUAAUUUUUGUACAAUUUGCUUUGCACUUUGCUGAUUACACAUAGGGUGUGAAGAAGAUUCCGUGAGGGGUCGAUUUUGGAGUUCAAGUGCAUAGCAACAGUCAAACUACAACAAAUGGUUUCAUGCCUGAUCAUGGGCGGAACAGGAUGCGUAUCGGCUAUUGCGUUACAACAGACUGCUAUAUAGUCAGAAUGCUCUUUGGUUGUGUUCAAGUUGUGUCUGACUUUCAUCAUGUUACAAUUUUUGGUUUUCUUACAUUUCAUCUUCAUGGGAUUGUUCAACGUUUCUGUCGUUGCUACAGCAUCUAAAAUUUGCACAAAGAAUUUAGGAGGAUUCUAUGAGUAUGGUGUGUUUGAUGGAAAAACAAACGAUGGUCCUGUACCACCUUCAAAUCUUUCAACAACUUGCGUUGAGAAGAAAGGAGGAAAGUGGAUCGUUGCAAUUCAACUGGAAACUGAAGGAGAUUCAAACAGGACUGUUGCUUACGUAAUGGUUUGGAGUGAACUAAACGUGUUGGGCGGUUCCAUAGUUACACCAUGUCGGCAAAUACCAAAGGUAAAGAAUUAUGCCCGACUUCUUUUACACCAACCAGGCGGUCAGCUUGGGGGAUAUCGAUUUAAAGUGCACGGAGUAAACAAAGACAAUCUAAUCAGUAAUGAUUUUCAAACAAUUGCUGUCAAACGAGGAUCAUGCAAAAAAGGUGAAAUGACAAGGAAAAACUCUACAUCUGAAUGUACCGUUAUCAAACAACCAGUGGGAAUUGCAGUUAAUGAGGAUAGUUUGGGUGUGGCGUUCAACGUUCGUUUUAGUAUACGCACUCAUACUUCCUCUUUGACUGUGAGUUAUCGGCCACUUCAAGGAAGCUGCAACUGGUGGAAUGUUCACAGCAACAUUAAGUAUUUUUCACAAGGAAGUCAUUUUAUAAAUGUAACAUUGACUGAUUGCGUGCGUUGUUCUCGUCAUGAUUCAUGCACAUUGAAAUGGGGAUCUCAGAUAAAGCUUGUGGUGACUGUGCGUUACCAUCGACAACGUGAAAGUGACUGUGAUGCACAACGAAUUGCAAUUGUUACUCUUCCUGAUAAACCUUCAAGUUAGGCUGCCUCUCAGCGUAGUUUGGAAAAACUAAAAACUGUUUCAAGUUUGAAUGAUCAAUUGGAUGUUAUCAUCAACAAUCACGUGACAUGACUGUUGAUUUUGUUAAUCAGAAUGCAUAAACAUAUUGGUUUACUGUCAUUUAGUUGUAGUUUAAAUAUUGCUUUUGCAAUACCGUGAAUUGGUUUACACGUCACAGAUUUUUGAUUUCCUAGUUAGUCAACUAACUAUAAUUGCUUUCUCGUUAGCUGUUGCUGAUGUUAAUGCAUAUACAUGUAGUUGUUCAUUUCGACAAAACCCUGUAAUUGCAAACGAUAAUUAGACUGUUCUGAUGACAA